AUGAGUAAAUAUGGAACUCUGGUCAUGGGCCCAGCAGCCUCAGGCAAAUCUACCUUUUGCACCGCCCUCAUCCAGCACCUCCAAAACAACAAGCGUCCAUGCUUCUACGUCAACCUCGACCCCGCCGCCGAAGACUUUGCCUUUGAGCCCGACCUCGACAUCAAAGACCUCAUCUCGCUCGAAGAUGUCAUGGACGAGAUGGGCCUCGGCCCCAAUGGUGGACUCAUCUACUGUUUCGAGUUCCUCAUGGAGAACCUCGACUUCUUAACCGACCCGCUCGAAGAGGUCACCGAAGACUACCUGAUUGUCUUCGACAUGCCCGGUCAGAUUGAGCUGUACACACACGUGCCUAUACUCCCGAAUCUCGUCAAGGUGCUGAUGCAGGGCUCGCUCAACAUGCGCAUGUGCGCUGCCUACUUGCUCGAAGCCACCUUUGUCAUCGAUCGCCCCAAGUUCUUCGCCGGCACGCUGUCUGCCAUGAGCGCUAUGAUGAUGCUGGAGAUGCCGCAUAUCAAUAUCCUCAGCAAGGUGGACCUGGUCAAGGGUCAGGUAGCCAAGCGUGACUUGAAGCGCUUCGUAGACGUCGACGCCGAUCUCAUCGAAGACGACCCAGCACGCAAGAGGACGUCCGAAGACGAGGAAAACAAGUACAAAGAUCCUGCGGCGACGGAGAAUCUAAUGAAUGGUUCGGCCUUCCACAAGUUGAACAAGGCCGUUGCGGAGCUCAUUGACGGCUUCAGCAUGGUCUCUUUCCUCAAACUGGAUGUCCAGGACGAGGAUAGUCUGGGCUUCAUACUCAGCUACAUUGACGAUGCCAUUCAGUUCCAUGAAGCCCAAGAGCCCAAGGAGCCCAAGGACUUUGGUGCUGAGGAAUAA